AUGUUCUCCAAGGCCGUCCUUGUCUCUGCCCUCGCCGCUACUGCUCUCGCUGCCCCAGGGCAGGAGAAGCGCCAGAUCGGUAGCGCCAUCGACUCAAUCACCAGCGCUGCUGGCUCCGCCAUAACCGCAGGCGCUAGCGAUGCUGGCUCCUACAUCAGUGAGGCCACUGCUGCCGCUGGCUCUGCGUGGAGCGAGGGCUACUCUGACGCGAUCAGCGUUGGCUCCGGCCUGAUUGAAACUGUCACCUCCAAGGCUGACGGCGUGUACACCAUCCUCUCGUCUGUCGGCGGCGAGGCAUGGACGCUCGCGACCUCGGGCGCCGGCGAUGCGACGUCGAUUGGUGGCUCCGUUUUCACCCUUGCCACCGGCGCCGCUGGUUCUGCAGCUAGCGAGGCUUCUGCCGCCGCUUCCUCAGCGGCGAACGACGACGACAACAACGGCGCCCUAUCCACGAUGGCUGCAUCCAACAGCCUCGCGCUCGGUGCCAUCACGGUGGUCGGCAGCACGCUCCUUGGCGCUUUCAUCGUCCUAUAG